AUGGAUGAAAAAAGAUGGGAAGACUUAAACAUAGAUUGUAUGGUGAAUAUUUUGGGAAGAGUUGGUAUGGAGUCGCUGCUUUUGGAUGUGCCUUUCGUAUGCAAGUCGUGGUACAGAGCAAGCCUCAAUCCUUCAUGCUGGGAACGUCUCAUUUUUCCAGACAUUAAAAGAUUGGAGUAUUAUUUUAUAGAUGAAAAUUGGGUUGAUGAUCCCUUGCUACAAAGAUUUAUCCACCAAUAUCAAAUUGAUGAGAGUCAUUUCUCGACCACUGCGUUUAUUAAGUUUGUCGUCAAUCGUAGCAAAGGACAUGCUACUGUUCUCAGGCUACCUCCAUAUGCUUCAGAAACAGACUUGAAAUAUGUUUCAGAUGUGUGUGGUGACCUCAAGGCUGUUGGAUUGCCUGGGGAUUUAGUUGACGACAAAUCAGGUGUAAUAACAGAGCUGAUUGGUAAGUGGAAACGUUUGGAGUGGUUGAUGUUGGGAAGCAGCUAUGAUUUGGUGAAAAUCCUCUCACAGAUCAGCAUUCACUGCAAAGACUUUUGGGGCUUACGCGUAUCUAAUGCUUAUAUUUUUAAUGAUGAGGCUAUUGCAAUUGUCAACUUCCUGCCUAAGAUUAAGCAUUUGAUCUUGAGGAAGGCUGAAAUUCAUCGGGAUGCUCUUAUGAAGUUACUGCAAGGUUGCAUGGAGCUUCAGGUUCUGGAUGUCAGUGAUUGUAUUGGUUUCAGUGAGGAUGAUGAGGAAAUUUUAAAGCUUGCUUCUCAUAUUACUAAUUUCAUCUGCAAGGGCUCUAGAGAGUAUGAUUAUGAUGAUGAUGGUUUCUAUGAGGGAGGCAGUUUUUUGUUUGACGAUGUGGUAUAUGAUGGAUAUUAUUCUGAUUAG